GAACAUAGGACUAUGUAAUAUUAUACAAUUAACUUGCUUACGAGUAUUUCUGUUCCAUUUCAUUGCUUCACCGCUUAUCUUUCUGUGCUUCUCAAUUUAUUGUUCUUCUCUCUCUCAUCGCUCAUUGUCUACUCAGGUCCCAUUACAAUAUUUCCAUCUUUUCUCACUAGAAUGUCAUUAACACCUUUACACAAACUGCCCAGUCUGAACGAUGUGGAUUCUUUGGUAACGUGACUAUUGGGAAUGAUGUAACCGUGGAAGAGUUGCAGGCAGCCUAUCAUGCUGUUGUUCUGGUAAGCAGCCAGAGGGGAGGUGGGAAUUAGUACUUUCUAUACUUCUCCCCUACUAAACUAUUCUAUCCGUAGAGCUAUGGGGCUGAAGACAAGCGUGAGCUAGGAAUUCCGGGAGAAGACUUGCCUGGAGUUUACGCUGCCAGAGAUUUUGUGGGUUGGUACAAUGGACUUCCCUAUAACAGACAUGUGAGUUUCCCUCCUGCAAAGCUAAAAAGGUUAUUGUCUCUUAUGUUGCUGUUAUAUUAAAACUUGAUUCAUAAGCUUGUCUUGCAAUUUUACAUAGUACCAAUUAUUUUUAGUGCAUAUUCCUGGUUACUUUGUGGCUAAUAAAAUAUUUAUAUUUGUGCAUAGGCAGUCAGAUUAGUUUACUUAAAGCGGCACUGUCAUGCCGAAUGUUUUUUUAUUUUUUUUAUUUAUUUUUUUUAACCCCCCUCCCGCCUCCACUACAUCCAAUUGACCUACUAGUCACCCCCAAAUGCCCCUAAGCCCCCCACAUUACCUAUUUUUUAAUCCUUAUUUUCUGCCCCGAUCUUGAUUCAGGGCGCAGCCAUCUUUGUGUGGGUAGGUGAAGUCCCUGUGGGACACGUCAUCAGCCCACACUAGACAGACUGUGAGAUUCCCGCACAUGCCCAGUGAAACACCUGGACAUGCGAACGGGAAUUUCAUCUAUUCACUCAUUCAUCAGACAGACGAAUGAGUGAAUAGAAAUAUCAGCCGAACAAACAAACACAAUGUAUCAGUGUUAGUUUGUUCGUGCAGCUUAUUACAGGGAGGGAGCUACCGGCACGCAGCUCCCUCCUUGUAAUAUGUAAAGAUAGAAGCGGCAGGUAGCAGUGCUCCCCACCACUUCAUAAGCCCCCCCAGUACCCCCUCUCACUCUAUGGGGGUCAAUAUGACCCCCAUAAUAGCACAAGGGAGAUUAAAAUCUCCCAAAUGCCCCUACUCGCUAUAGGGGCCUGUGGCUGCUCACUGUUGAAAAAAAUGACAUAAAUUACAAUAAGGGGGGCGGACCUAUUGUCCUCCCCCCCUCCCCCACCCUGAGCGGCGGGUGGGGGCCAUGAAGAUAAUGAGGGGGGGGAACCUACUGUCCUCCCCCCGGCCCCCACCCCUGAGCGGUGGGUGGGGGCCCUUAUAAAACAAUAAGGGGGGGGACCUACUGUCCUCCCCCCCGGCCCCCACCCCUGAGUGGUGGGUGGGGGCCCUAAUAAAACAAUAAGGGGGGGGACCUACUGUCCUCCCCCCCGGCCCCCACCCCUGAGUGGUGGGUGGGGGCCCUAAAUGAAACCCCCCCCCAAUCAAGGUGACUAGGGGUGCCAAGCCCCUAGUCACUACCCCCCCACCCAAAAAAACCUAUCCCCUACCUACCCCCCUCACCCUACAAAUAGUGAGGGGGGGAAUAAAAUAACUAACCUGUAAAAAAAAAAAUUAAACUUACCAUUUGACGUCUUCUUUUUUCUAAAAUCUUCUUUCUUCAGCCCCCAAAAAGGCCAAAUAAAAAUCCAUUAUACCCGUCGCACUUUAAAAAAAAAAAACAAGCGCCAAAAAAAAUUAAUCCAUGUUCGCCCUUCGAGGGCACGCCGCGUACUGAGCUCCGCAGGGCGGGUCAAGGCUUAUAAAGCCUUGCCCCGCCCUGCAAUUAGGCUUAGAACACUCUGAUUG